CAGUGCUUGCGGAAGCACAGAGUGGAAUGUUGAUACAUUGUUGUUGUUUUGUAGUUAAUUUAGUUCAGGGAAACACUUCGGGUCGAUUGCAGGACGCGUACUCCGACCGAGACCGGACUCGAGCCGUCGAUCCCAGGACACUUCACUGACAUUCUACGCAUCCCCGACAAAAAUUCCGCGUUCACAAGGCAGAUUUCUGAGGAAGUCUGAAUAGCUGCUUGUAUGCAGGGCAUGACGACUCAUUUUAAAGCGAGCAAACCUUUAAAGCUAAAGAAGGAGGCGGGUGAGAAUGCACCGGCACUCAGCGAUGACGAGCUGGUGGCCAUGUCGGUACGGGAGCUCAACCAGCACCUGCGCGGGUUGACCAAGGAAGACGUGGUUCGACUGAAACAGCGCCGUCGCACGCUAAAGAACCGCGGCUACGCUGCCAGCUGCCGCAUCAAGCGCGUCACGCAGAAGGAAGAGCUCGAACGGCAAAAAAUAGAGCUGCAACACGAAGUGGACAAGCUGGCCCGUGAAAAUGCCAGCAUGCGCCUAGAGCUCGAAGCGCUCCGUGCGAAGUACGAGGCCCUGCAAUGCUUUGCCAGGACUGUCACACGAGGGCCUCCUGGUAAGGUGGCCACCACAAGCGUCAUCACUAUUGUUAAAUCUGCCAAUCACAACCCCAGCUCCGCCCCCUUCUCGGCACAUUCGUAGUGAUGAUUGACGGUGUCCGCCCGGCUCCUGAUCUUUGGACCUAGACUGGCCCCUGGUCUACACUGAGAGUCAGUUUAGUGAUCAGACAAAAGGGAGGGUGAAGGACUACAACAGGCUGCAUCCAUUUUUUUUUCUAUUUCUCACUCACAAAACACACCCAUCCAAAACCUAAUCUAUAUUGUCUGUGCACUGUGCUUUAAACUCCGGCACCGGCAGGGCACACUGGCCGUUUUGUGCGCUUUACUUUAGGCUGAGACUUAGCAGAGAUGAGCACUUGUUAAAGUGUGACAUAGUACUUGAUUUAACCUGCCAGUUUGGGUGCCUGUGGCAUAUUGCAUAUAUGUCAGAAACUGGAUAACAAUAUAUUGUAUCAUCAUAGCACAGGAACAUUGCAAUAUUGAUAAUGAUGAGUCCCGAAUAGUAAAAUGCAUCCUGGUCAUGGUCUAAAACCAGGUUCAAGGUUCAGAAUGAUGAUACAUGUGCAUCAAGAAGCGUUGUAUGUUUUUUGAUAAAUAGAAGGAAAUUAACCAUCGGAAAAUGAGACAAUCCUGUCUUAAAGUAAACAGUUUAAACAUAGGAUUUUCAAAUAGGAAAAAGGCACUUAUUUUACUGUUGAAAUACAGUAUAAUACUAUGAAGCACUUGCAAAGCAGACUGACGUUGUAUGUAAAUAUUCUAGACGGAAAACGCAAAGUGAUCAAGUUUUGAGGGCACUUGAUGGUGUUUUUAAUAUUUUUCUUUUUUACGAGAGGUUGAUGAUAACGUCCGUUAUCUUAAAGAUAUACUGUUUUUUCUGACCUGUCUCUAUACGACACCAUAAAAUGGUAGGUAAUCCAUAUUGGAUAUAGCGAUAACAGGAGCUGUCUUGGCAAAUAAAUGUUCAAUUAUAACCUGUAUAUUACAGAACUGAGACACAGCCUUAAGCUUAAGAAAUAACGUCAGAUUUAAGCUCCCGAAAAUUCCGUCCGAUCAGAAAGCAUUCCUACUGCUAAGUCACUGAAGGUGCCACUGCCGGUGUUGGUAACCCUGACUAAAUGUACGUAUAUUACAUGCAAAUAUUUUGACACAGACUCUUGGGUAAGAACAAUCUUGAUGCCUUUUAUAUCUCCAUUUAAACCAGUGCAUCAUUUCUUUGUUCCAAAAAACCCCUGAUCUGUCAUAAGAAUUAAGAUGUCUAAAAUCAAGAUUGUCUCUUACGUAAGUGGCUAUGACUGUUCCACCACAGCAGAAAAAACAAAACAUUAAGGGUCUUGUUAUUCUCUUAGCACACUUUUUACAUGUCCACAAGUGUUAUAUAUAUAUGACUUUUAAUCCCUGAUUGCUAUCUAGAGCAAUGUUUUGCAUCAGAUUUUAUAUGUACACAGGACAUGAAAUACAUUCAGUGUGGUGUGACCUGAACUGAGUAGUUUAUUGAACUGAUUAAGUUUCAAAAUGUAAACGACUUCCCGUCGUCAUUCUGAGGAAAGACACGCAUUCGCCCUGAAAUCCCCUCUUUCAAUUCCUCUCUGUACAUAAACUGGGCACACUAUGAGUGUUUACAGUGAAUGGUAGCGUUGGCUCGUAGAGAGGCUAUUGUGGAUUCCUAUUUGGGAUUUUGAAAGCAUAUAAUUUCAGUAUUCAUCAUUUCUACGGCAUUGUUUUUGAUCAAACCUCCAGUCAGCAUUUCAAACCACGACAAGAACACGUCCUUUUACAGUUAUGCAUGAUGUGCAGUUCUUUUUAAAUGUGACCACAUAUCCUCUUUUGUUGGAUGCAAUGGGUAUAUAAUUGGAAGUCCUCGCUUACCCUUUAGGCCACAAACGCUUUUAAGAGGAGGUAAAAAGCCCAGAAAUUUCCCAUUUGUCACACUGUGGCCAAAUUUUCUGUUCUGCUUGGUUGCUUACCUUCUUCAUUACAUAAUAUUACAAUUCUUUGGAAUUCUGUUUUUGUUCCCUUGAAAGGAAGUGCUACAUAUCACUUCUUCUUCUUUUUAUGGAUGUUGUGCACAUUUUCUAUUUUCUGUGCAAGAGAAUUGUGACAAAAUGGCUUAUUUUGUGCUUUACACUGACAUCUUGUGGUGAUCUUGUGGCGUUUCUUUAUUUGUUAAAAAGCUGAUGACAGACAAGACCCGCUCUCUCUUCUUGGACUAUUGAGGCAUUGCUGUUUCGCUUUACUGUAUUCUGUUUAGCUGCCACCAAAGCCAUAACCCAUGUAUGUGCUUUCUGUUAAAUUCACUUCAUUUAUUCCUUUAAUUUAUAUUAUAAAUAAAAUGACCUCUGGUAGUCAGAUCACAAUGCCUUAAUUCAGACUAAUGGAAAGGAUGCAAGAUGUUGUUACAGUAAUGCCAGUGUUAAUUUGGCCAGUUUGGAAAGCAAUGUAAAUUUAAUUCUUGAGAAACAAUAUUAGUAUUGAAAGAAGGCAUUGCUUGUGUCUUUAUACCAAUUUCAUCAUCUCAUGGCUUUGACUGAGGCCUGUUGACAUUUCUUUAUUUCUAAACAGUACAGUGUGAUAAACGUUCCUCCUAAUACAGUUGGAUGGUAAAGGUGGUCUCUAAAGUGGGUACUUUUUCUGUCUUUUAUUCUUUGUAUGCUGUAUGUGGCCUUUUGGGCUGAAUAGGAUAAAUUAUUCUAUAUUUUACACAUGAAUAUAUAUAUAUAUAUAAAUAUAUUUUUCAAAGUAUAUGCGCUCAGUCAGUCCUUAAAAGCUAUCUACCAUGAACGCACAUAGGAAUGUUAACCGAUGCUCUUUAAAACACACUUGCCUAUAAAAAGUCUCCAUGACAUAUAAAGUAUGCUGCUCCAAAUUAUUACUUUAUAUUUGUCAAUGUUAAGAUGAAACUGUAAGGUAUUGGGGGAAGUAGUACUCAUGUUGGUUGUAGUUAAAAUAGUGCCUUUAACAUUGAGCUUGUCGUCUUUUAAGUACUGUAUGAAUGGGCGUGGUUGUUUUGUUUAACCUAAUUUCCAUAUGCGACCACGUUUGCCUGUUUGAUAGGCCUCUUAGCUGUAAUUGUAAAUAUGGACAACAUCAAAAGGCAGCGAAACACAUAGGGUUGGAUUCAUCGUAUUCGUGAUUCACAUUAAUCUGCUCGUACUACAUUGAACUUUGAUAUUUAUUUUGAUUUUUUUUUUAAACGUCUAAAUUAUUUUUAUUUACAUUUUCUUUUGUUUUCUUUUAAAUGAACUACCCUCAUGUACAAAUAAAAUCAUUCUGUUUUUUUCCAUUCUGGCUGAAUAUAAGGUGGUAAAUUAUUCCUGUACAAAGUCUGCAGUGUUUGUUUUGUACUUUUAAAUAAAGCUUUUUCUCAUGUAA